ACUGGGGGUGUUCCAACGACGGUGAGCCAAAAUGGACUAGAUUCAUAGGGGGGUGUCCAGAUGUAUAAAGACACAACGUAAGGUCAUGUGAGAUUUGUUUACUUCCGCCCAAACCUCAGCUGCACGUGUAGUGAAAGUUUGAUGUCAACCCCAACCAUCCCUUUUGAAGGACAUUAAAGAAACAACAGAGCACUGAGAGAGUAACAGAUGGACAUGACCAUGGCUUCCCCCGACUCCAUUAAACCCUUCAGCCCAGAGGAGAUCCAGAGGAUUCUGCAUCAUCUUCAGCAGCCCGCAGUCUUCAUGAACAUGACCUGUGGCUGGCCUGUCCUCCACUGGACUGCAGAGCACCUGUCUGGCUGCCUUGGUGACAAACUUGUCCGAUUCAGACUUGGGAGAAAAGAAGAGACAAACACACCUCUUUUUGAAACCCAGUGUUUCUAUGUGGAAGCCAAACUGGCACACUUUCUCAGCUGGACCCGGGGCCAGGCUGGGACAGAUGUAGGGCCUUUCUUCGAAUACCCCAAGUCAGAUUAUUGGGCCUAUGCUGACUACAAAUACAUCGCCAUAUUGUUUCAAGAUCAGCCUUCCAUGUUUGAGGAUGUAAAGUGGUCCGAGUUUGGUUUUGAGGGACGUAAUGGUAGGGAGAGCACCUUAUGGAUCGGCACAAAGGGGGCCAACACACCGUGCCACAUGGACUCUUAUGGCUAUAACCUGGUACUGCAGGUCCAAGGACGGAAGCGCUGGCACCUCUUUCCUCCAGAGGACACUGUCCAUCUCUACCCAACCCGGAUCCCCUAUGAGGAGUCCAGUGUCUUCAGCCAGGUGGAUGUUCUCCAACCAGACCUGAGGAGGUUUCCUGCAUUUCAGGGAGCCAGAGCCCACAUCGUCACUCUGCAGCCAGGGCAGGUGCUUUAUGUCCCCAGACACUGGUGGCACUAUGUGGAGUCUGUGGAUCCCAUCACCGUCAGCAUCAACUCCUGGAUCGAGUUGGAAGUGGAUGACAUGACCAGAGUUAGUGAAGCUGUGACCAAGGCUGUUGUUUGUGCCUUUAAAUGUGCACCAAGUGAUGACAACACCGACAACUGGCUCAAUCCCACUGAGGAAGGAGUAACAUCUUAUAAUGAAAACAUACAGUAUGUGAACCUUGCAGUGAGAGCUUGUGCUCAAAAACAGAGAGGACUGAUCAUGGACUCCAGAGACAAACGUUCAUCCAAGCGGGACUCCAGAGGACAAAUCAGGAAGAACAGCGUUUUGGUCCGGGAUUCUGCGCCUCUCAGUGUUCCUUUUGGGCCACAUCUCAUUCCUGUACAUUGUCAGCAAGACUGCUCACUAGAAACGAGGGGGGUGACCGCAAAAGAUCUGGAGGUCAGCUCAGACUCAGCACAGAGAACCAAAGGACUCAUCCAAGGAAAACACGAAUGUAACCCUGGUUUAACUCGAUGUAGACCAUGUGACUGUGCAGAUGGGACAUCAGAGAACUCUUCAGAGGAUUAUGAGGAACCAGUACACACAACAAUAACCACUAAUGACCUGUUAAACUGCCUAGUGCAUCCUGAUAUCAUCGCCCAUGUCACUAAGCUUUUACUGGACAGGCACACAGGAAAUGACAGGACCACCACACCAUCCUAGCUUUAAAAUUAGCCAACCAUAAACAACAUAUAUAAACCCAAAGAGGAGGAAGGCUUAUUUGACUAGCAGUGGUCCUUGUUUCAGAAGCACUUUAGAAUGCUUGAUAUGAAAAUAUCGUUAAUAUGGUUACUUUUCUUCUCUGGAUGUCUUACUGGAGUUUUGCAGUGAUGAAGGAUCUUUGGCUGCAGAAAUCCAUUCUCCAAGCUACCAGUAAUGCUUUGUUGUCAUAGAGUAGUGAGAGACUUAAAUCUGCUUUCCUUCCUGCUCCCAUCUGUCGCAGUCCUCCUGAGACUAACCCUGGAUGCGAGAAGUCGCAAUCAAAACUAAUUGUAAUGUGAUGAGCGACCCUAUCAAGUGCCUCUACCAUUUCCUUGUUUUGUUGUUCUGCGCACACUAACUCUGUUUGGUCCUUCCGGAGAAAGAAAAAUGACCACUUAAAUCAAUUUGGUAUGGUAAUAAGCCACAUAUUGCAAGGUAAUAUUCCUGAAAUGUGGACAUUUGUUUUCGACUUAAUGUUUCCCUGUCAUUUGACAAUAAAAAUUAUCAUUGAACAACCACA